AUGGAAGAAAAUGAUGAACCUGAUCAGCCUAUCUCAGCAGGGAGGCAAGAAAUUCGAAAGAGAAGACGACCCAGUCAACCAAUGGUAGAUAAAUCCCAGCAGACCGAAGUGACAGAAAAAAAGAAAAAUUUGCCUAUAUCACAAUCAUCUGGCCCUAAAGCUACCCUUAGUAUUGGUAACAUUCCUGGAAGUAAAGUCAGUGAGCCUUUCAGAGUAUCUUCUCAACUUCGGCAAACUUGGGACAAGAGAAAGCAUGUACAGGAUAUGACUGAUAAAUCUCUGCAAACAGACACUAUUGUAGAAGAGAAAAAAGAAGAAAUCAAACCAGUUGGUGAAACAGUGGUACCUGAAGAAAUGCCAACUGCUCUUAGAAGCAGUCCCUGAUUUCCAGAAAGUGUUCAGGAAGUAGAAAUUCUGACAAGCAGACACUCAAUUCUCAAAAUAGACAGAUCUCAGCAGACCAGUUGUACUGGAGACUGGACAAUGAUGAACAUUCCUCAAAAAGAAACAGUGGACAGAGAACAGCAGACGUACUUUAGUGAAUCAGUAGUGGUAAUUGGUAGGCCAGAUAUCUUUUCAAAGUCAAAUGAAGUUGUGCAGAAACAUAAAUCCUCAGGGAAGAUUUUCAUUAGUGAACAUCCUGAAUUGCAACCCUCAACAAGUAGAGAUGAAGCAAUUAGGCAGGUAGGUAUUAGCAGAUCUUCAUUUAGUCAGCAAAGCAAAAAAGGUAGUUUGGUACCUUUAGAAGAUGAGCAGUACGUUCUAGGUGAGGUCCAGCCUCCCAUUGCAGAGGAGGUCUCUGCUGAAGUGCAACCUACACCAGCUGCGGACAUUAUUGCAGGAAAGUCUGCUACUGAACUUCAGCCUCCACAAAUUGAGGAGGCUCCAGCAGAAAAGGGCCCUGCCAAAAUACAGCCAACCCUGGGUGAAGAGGCUCUUUCAGAAGGGCCUCUUGCUGAAGUUCAGUCUCCAAAAGUUGAAGAAGCUCCUGUACAGCCUUUCCCAGAUGAGGAGACUCCUGAAGAAGAGGCCCCUGCUAAAGUAGAGUCUAUCUCUGCCGAAGAGGCUUUUUCAGAAGAGCCUCUAUCAGCUGUGGAGGCCCCUACAGAAGAGGCCUCAGCUGAAGUUCAGUCUCCACCAGCUGAAGAGGCCCCUGCAGAGGUGGCCCCAGCUGAAGUUCAGUCUCCACCAGCUGAACAGGCCCCUGCAGAGGAGGCCCCAGCUGAAGUUAAUUCUCCACCAGCUGAGGAGGUCCCUGCAGAAGAGGCCCCAGCUGAAGUUCAGUCUCUACCAGCUGAUGAGGCCCCUGCAGAGGAGGCCCCAGCUGAAGUUCAUUCUCCACCAGCUGAACAGGCCCCUGCAGAAGAGGCCCCAGCUGAAGUUCAUUCUCCACUAGCUGAGGAGGUCCUUGCAGAAGAGGCCCCAGCUGAAGUUCAGUCUCCACCAGCUGAAGAGUCCCCUGCAGAAGAGGCCCCAGCUGAAGAUCAGUCUCCACCAGCUGAGGAGUCCCCUGCAGAGGAGGCCACAGCUGAAGUUCAGUCUCUACCAGCUGAACAGGCCCCUGCAGAGGUGGCCCCAGCUGAAGUUCAGUCUCUAGAAGCUGAGGAGGCCCCUGCAGAGGAGGCCCCAGCUGAAAAUCAGUCUCCACCAGCUGAGGAGACCUCUACAGAGGAGGCCCCAGCUGAAGUUCAGUCUCCACCAGCUGAGGCCCAAGUUGAAGUUUAUUCUCCACCAGCUGAGGAGACCCCUGCAGGGGAGGCUCCAGCUGAAGUUCAGUCUCCACCAGCUGAGGAGGCCCCUGCAGAGGAGGCCCCAGCUGAAGUUCAUUCUCCACUAGCUGAGGAGGUCCCUGCAGAAGAGGCUCCAGCUGAAGUUCAGUCCCCACCCACUGAAGAGGCCCCUGCAGAGGAGGCCCCCUAUGAAGUUCUGGCUCCACCAACUGAGGCCCCAGCUGAAGUUCAGUCUCUACCAGCUGAGGAGGCUCCUGAAGAAAAUACCUCAUAUGAAAUUUGGUCUCCAUCAGCUGAGGAGGCCUCUGCUGAACUUCAGUCUCUGUCAACUGAAGACACUACUUUAGAAAUGGUCUCUGUUGACAAACAGUUUCCAGAAGCCAAGGAGGACUUUAUUACACGAAUCUCUGUAGAAAAUGACCUUAUUCCACCAUCUGAACAAACUGCUGCAUAUGAGGCUCUGGUAGACCAUGUGUCUACUGAAUAUCAAAAUCUCCAGACUGAUGUCCCAGGGAUAAAAUUAGAAUCAAAGGUUUUGGAAGAUCAGCAAAAACUCGAAGAGCCUUUGGAACUGGAUCCUGUCCCUGAAGAUUUGUCUAAUAUCAAGAAAGAACAGGUUCCUACCUUUGAAAUAGAGGGUGUCAUCCAUGUACAACUAGAAUAG